CACGUACUGGGUGAUUUGGAUAGUUUGUAAAUAGUUGUCCCCUUCUUCAGAGGUCCUGACACAGCAGAAUCCCCAGAGGAGGAGGGUAGUCCAGCUGCUGAACUUGGAUGUUACAGUAUUCUGUUUUUUUUAUUGAAAUUCAUUUGUGACAUAAAUUGCUCUGCAUCCAGUUUCACUUAAAAGCUUUUUUAAUGUGAUUUUAAAAAUGUGUUAGUCUUCAUUUUAUUUUUUUGCAUUCUGGGAGCUGCUGCAACACGCUGGGAGAGAGCAACAACAUUCACAACACCUUUCAGCUGACACAUGUUGACCUGGUAAUAAAUUGCAGCCAUUGGGAAAUGUGUGUUCUGUAACUUUGCAAGGAAACAUCAGGGUGUCCUCAGAAGUUCAGCUGAUUCAUGGAGAAGACACUGACAAUAGGUCUGACUCUUUUUCUGAUACUCUGUCUGGACAUGCCAGAAGCUGGAGGACAGAAUGUAGAAAACUCUCAGAAAAGUUUGUCACACUCUUCAGACACAAAGGGAGGCCGCUGCUCAUACACCUUCAUAGUUCCACAACAAAAACUGACAGGGGCCUUGUGUUUGAACACACAGUCUGCUACUGCCAACAAUUUGGAGGUGGCAGCGCUGCGCGCAGAGCUCAGGCAGCAACAGGAACAGCUGGAGAAGCUCCAGGGACAACUGGAGCAGGAGGGGGCCCUCGCUAUGGAGGUAAGAGCCCUGCAUAAAGAGAUUAACAGUAUGAAUUCUCGCAUUGCCCAGCUUUAUACCCAGCUGCUACAUGAAGUCAUACAGAAAAAAGACCAGGCUCUGGAACAGCGGAGGGUGGAGAACCUCUUGCUGAAUGCCACAACGCAGGCACUGCAGGUGUCCAGUAAUUACAGGGAGCUGGAGAAGAAAUAUGGAGCGCUCACCUCUAUGAUGAGCUCUCAGACUCAGUUUAUCUCUCGUCUGGAGAAGCAGUGCCAGUGCAGGGAUUCCACUCUGGUGACAACUGAGCCACCAAAGAGCCAGUCAAAUGUGCAUCCUAAUUACAGCUCUGAAGCCAACAAAAUGACCAGUGACGUUCAAAGGGACCAAAGUGCUCUUCCACCACAGCAGGAAAAUACGAGGGGAGUUCAUUCCCCCACCACCACUACAGCCAGCACUCCUUUGGACUCUCCUGUCAUUAGCAUCCCUGUCACAAAGACUCCAGGCCCGUGGCGGGACUGUCAGCAUGUGCUGGAAUCAGGCGAGACCACCAGCGGGAUUUACCUGCUUCGCCCUCAGAGUGACAACCGCCUCCUGCAGGCUUGGUGUGAGCAGAGUCAGGCUCAGGGAGGGUGGACGGUCAUUCAGAGAAGACAGGACGGGUCGGUCAACUUCUUUAGGACUUGGGAGCAGUAUAAGCAAGGCUUUGGGAACCUAGAUGGAGAGUACUGGCUUGGCUUGGAGCAUCUCUACUGGCUGACUAAACAGGCUCGGUAUAAGCUACGAGUGGCUCUGGAGGACUGGCAGGGCCGACAGGUGUUUGCUGACUAUGACAGAUUCCACCUGGAACCAGAGAGUGACUGGUACCGGCUGCGUUUAGGACAAUACCAGGGCAAUGCAGGAGACUCCCUGUCAUGGCACAACAACAAGGCAUUCACCACUCUGGACAGAGACAAGGACAGCUAUAACGGGAACUGCGCACAUUACCAGAAGGGAGGCUGGUGGUACCACAUGUGUGCCCACUCAAAUCUGAAUGGUGUGUGGUAUCGGGGUGGACACUAUCGCAGCCGCUAUCAGGACGGAGUCUACUGGGCAGAGUUCCAUGGGGGGUCGUACUCUCUCAAAAGAGUGGCCAUGAUGAUCAAACCCACAUAAUGGACAUGUGAGAAGGAAAGACGAUGCAUACAGUGUGAUUCUAUGUAUGUGUAGAGGGAAUAAAAAAAUGUUAAAGUGUUUGUUUAAAAAUAUUGUCUACAUGUUUACUAGGGGCCAUUCAGUGAGGUGCAAACUGUGGACUAUGAAUCAGUGCAUAUGACUAACAUGUACUGCACCUACUGAGCUGACAUGUCUGUUCUCUGUGUUGCAAUUUGAUGUUUUUUAAUUUGCACGGUGGCACAGUGGUUAGCGCCGUUGCCUCAC